AAUGUCCUAAAGAUUUUUACAUAAUUUCGAUAUCUAUGUUACUUGUUUCAGUAUCAGCAGUUUUUAAUAAAGUUUCCAGUACGCACACGAUUUACAUAAAUUUACAAAAAAUACUUCUUAAACUUUCGUUACAACCCUAGAUAAAAGUAUUAUGAAACACAAUUUCCACUGUUUUCAUCGUAAUUUCGACCAUUAGAUUCUUUUUCAAAACAAUAAAAUCACGUGAUCUAGUAAAUUAAUGUUUCUAACUUCUGUAAAGAACUCAAAUUAUUUGGUUUAAUUUUGAUAAAGUUAUUGUUUUAAACAGUAUAGUAAUAUUUUUUAAUACUGUGUGUAUUUAUCUAUACAUGCAUAUAUAUAAGUAUGUAAAACAUUAAACACGAAAUGCCUUUUCUUAAAAUGACCUUUGGUAUAACUUCAGUCAAAUCGUAGACGUUAUAUACUGAUAAAUGUUCUUUUUGCUUGCAAGAAAGAAUCAUUUUAGAUAAGAGCGGCAUAAAUUGUUAGUCAGAAAUAACCGUUCAAUCUGUAGUCUCAUUUACCAUGAAUUGUUUAAUUGGUGAAACUGAUCAACUCAUCAGUAAUGAUAUGUUAUUAUGUACUGCUCCAAAUCCUUCAUCUGUCCGCGAUAAUCAAACUGGCCGAUCAGGAACAAAUAUAUUAAGCACAAUAUUUUUAAUUACCAAUGCUACCCUAGGAGCAGGUCUUCUAAAUUUUCCACAAGCAUUUGACAAAGCUGGAGGAGUAGCUACUUCCAUUAUUACACAAGCUCUUUUCCUAAUUUUUAUCACUGCUGCGCUUAUAAUUUUAGCAAAUUGUAGUGAUGUUACAAAUACUUCCAGCAUGCAAAAUAUGUUUUUAAAAUUUUAUGGACAGAAAUCAUUUUAUUUAUGUGCGAUAUCUAUUACGCUAUAUAGUUUUGGAACUUGUUUGACAUUUUUAAUUCUUAUUGGUGAUCAGUUUGAUAGAGUUUUAGCAACAUAUUAUGGAUUCAAUUAUUGUCACACUUGGUAUUUGUCAAGACCAUUUAUCACAGCUGUAAUGUGUAGCAUAUUUAUAUUACCCUUAUGUUUUUUUAAAAAACUAGAUGUUUUAAGUUAUGCUAGUUAUGUUGGUUGUAUAACUAUUUUGUAUGUAAUAUGGUUAAUUGUUUAUAAAAGUUUUACAAAAAUUGGAUCUCCUAUUAAUCCCAUGAAAAUAUGGCCAGAUGAUAAUUUUGAAAUACUUCAAAUAAUUCCAAUAAUUUGCUUUGCCUAUCAGAGUCACAUGACAGCAAUACCAAUGUAUGCUUGUAUGAAAGAUAGAAAGCUUGGAAAAUUUACAUUUUGUGCUGUAGUAAGUAUGAUGAUUUGUUUUGUUGCUUACACAGUGGUUGGAAUAUGUGGAUAUGCAACAUUUGGUAGUGGAAAAGUUCCUAGUGAUAUACUUCAAGGAUAUGCAGAGAAAAGUAUACUUAUUACAUUAGCUAUUAUAUUUAUAGCAAUUAAAAAUUUUACCACCUACCCAAUUGUACUGUAUUGUGGCCGUGAUGCUCUUUUAAGUCUUUUUAAAAUGGAUAUUAAUGUAAAUAUUAAAUUCAGAAUUUUCAUAACAUUGAUUUGGUAUAUAUUAUCUUUGUUAAUAGCAAUAAUAGUACCAGAUAUUUCACCAGUUAUUAAUGUAUUAGGAACAUUAUCAGCUUUUUUUAUUUUCGUUUUUCCAGGCAUUUGUUUGUUUCAAAAUAUUCUUUUAAAAGAUUCAGAAUUACAUCUAAAUAAAGAUCGCUUGCUAAUAUUUUUUGCCAUUUUUAUUACUGGACUUGGUGCAUUUGUAUCUGGUGUUAUUUUUAUAGAAGUUAUAGAAGAUCUAAUUUCGGUACCAGACAAACCAUCAUUAGUAACUGGUUUUAGGCAGCUAAAAGAAAAUUUGUGUAAAUGAUUUUUUUCUGAAACUUAAUGUUUCAAAAGUUAGUGAAAAAAAUCAUCAAAGAUUUAACAGUAAACUGCCAAUAUUGAAGUCAACAAAAUGUGUAAAGUUUACAAUAAUGAACUGCUUAAAAAUUUGCUCAACAUAUAAUUUUAGAUUAACAUUAUAACAUAUACUCUUAUAGAAUUUUAAUGAUAGUAUUAAGUCAGAAAAGACUGAUGCAUGUACAAAGUCAUUGCCAUAUCUGAUGCAUUGUGUCAGAAAAUUUUUUAAAACUAAAAUUUGUAAUCUUUUAUUUUUGUAUUACAUUUAUGUAUUUUGCAACAAAGAAUA